CCCCCGCCGCCCCCGCCCGGCCGCGGGGUGAAGGGGGAGAGCGGGAGGCGCAGGGCCCCGCCGGUCGGAGGGCGCGGGCCGGGCCGAGCGGAGCCCACCCAAUCCGGGCCGAGCCGGGUCGGGCCGGGCCGGCCGCCCUAGCGGCGGGUGGCGGAGCGGGCGGCUCUGCCCCAUCCUGCCGCAUCGGGAACAUGGCGGCCACCUCCGACCUGGUGCGGCACCGCGGGUCGGCCGCAGCCGCCCGCGCCGCGGUUUGUUUUAAUGUGGAAGUGGAUCUUACAGCAUAAUGUAAAUUAAACAAGCAAAGGUGAUGUAAAGACUCCUGCUGGGUGGUGCAUUAUCACCAUUUUAAGGUGAUAGCUUUGAAUGUGAUCUUAUUGGAAGUCGUUAUUAUAGUGAAAAAUGACCCAUCUCAAAACAGCAAAGAAAAGCAAAAAUCUAAGAAAUGGCAAGAUGAGAAACUGGGGUGUCUAAUGGAACAUUUACGUAAAGGAGAAGAGGAUGUCCGAAGUGGUCUUCCUGGAUUUUGAUAAAGGACCAUUGCAGGAAGCCAUGGAUAUUUGUUCAAGGAGAGUCCUUUUGUGAGAAGGGAAUAGGAAGACACCUGGUUUCUUCAUAUAAAUAUACUUAAUGGACAGACCAGCAAUAUGGAUGAUUUAGAGAUAAAUACUGGAGUCACUGGUGCUAAAGAGGAAGAAAUCCUAUGUGAUGAUAAUUUUGUAUCUGAGGAAGAAAGUGGCAUUCCCAAACCAGAAGAGAGUGAGACGUCAUUUCAGAAGAGCAACACAUUGACUCUGACUGAGGAGCUAUCAAGGGACAGAUCUGAAAAAGCCUUAAGUGGAGGCCAGGCUUCUCUAUUUAUACACACUGGUGCUCCUACUGUUUCUAGUGAAAACUUUUUGUCUAGAGGAACUGCUGUUAAUGGACCAGUUUCACACUCCACCUCAACAAAGACUUCCAUUAUGAAUAAAGGCAGCGUUUCAUUAACCACUGGACAGCCUGGAGGUCAUCUAGCAGAUUCCUGCUCAACUUUGACAGUGGUUCAUGAUCUUCAGCUGCCUGCAAAGAGUACAACGCAGAAAUCAAAUCAGCACCAAGUUUUAUUUUUGUUACCUGAUGUAGCACAUGCUAAGAACCUGACUCAUUCCAUUAAAAAUCUACCUACCUCUGCUUCAAUUGGUUGUGAUUCACAGAAAACAGUAGGAAAUAGUGUAGACAGCACUUUAGUAGACCAAGUAGAAGUUUGUGAGGAUGAUAAAAAUAUACUAUUAAAAGAUGAUUGUGUUGAUACAUUAACAGGCAUUUCCUCAGGUACAGGUGGCUUCAGAUCGGGAUGUGAUCCCAGCUGGGAUCCGCAGAAAGAGUUUAUACAGUUUCUUAUGACAAAUGAAGAAACAAUAGAGAAGUCUCCCAUUCACUGUAAGGUAGGGCUAGAAAAGAAACGAAAAAGGAAAAUGGAUGUUAGUAAAAUAACACGCUAUACUGAAGAUUGUUUUGAUGAUACCAGUUGUAUUCCUAGUAAAUCAAAACUAUUAAAUGUUGAAUUCUUAGAGCAGAAUGAGGAGCUACAAAUAGUAGAACCACAGAAAUAUUCAUUGAGUAAAGUAAAGCCUGAAUCCACAGAUGAAGAGCUGGAAACUGUUGAUGCUAUCCAGCAGCUCAUUUAUAGUCCCACUAGUAACUGUGCAGAAGAUACUUCUCCUGUUCACACUAGCACUUUUCUAUCCAAUACUUUGAAAAAUAAAUGUGAAGAGAAUGAUUCUGAACCACCAUCUACUUUCAGUACUGAUGAACCAUCAUUUUAUCCCUGUACAAAGUGCAAUGUGAAUUUUAGAGAGAAGAAACAUCUGCAUAGGCAUAUGAUGUACCAUUUAGAUGGGAACAGUCACUUCCGACAUCUCAAUGUCCCCAGGCCCUAUGCAUGUAGGGAAUGCGGAAGGACAUUUCGAGAUCGUAAUUCACUUCUUAAACAUAUGAUAAUUCACCAGGAAAGAAGGCAGAAACUGAUGGAAGAAAUCCGUGAGCUGAAAGAACUUCAGGAUGAGGGUAGGAGUGCACGGUUACAAUGCCCACAGUGUGUAUUUGGUACCAAUUGUCCCAAAACGUUUGUGCAGCAUGCAAAGACCCAUGAAAAAGAUAAAAGAUAUUACUGUUGUGAGGAAUGCAAUUUCAUGGCUGUGACAGAAAAUGAACUGGAAUGCCAUCGAGGGAUCGCUCAUGGAGCAGUAGUCAAAUGUUCAAUUAUUGGUAGUGACUUGUCCCAGAGAAAAACUCAGAAAAAGGCAUCCUUGAAAGAUCCUUAUUUAGGAUCCUCAAGAAAGUCAUCAACGUAUAUGUGUAAGCUGUGUCCGUUUGCUACUUCAGCUAGAAGCAUUUUAAAAAAACACAUGGCAUAUUUGCAUUCAGCAUCAUGCAUUGAUCCCUUUGGUAGCCAUCUUAGACUAGAGAAACGAAAAGGCAGCAUAAUAGAAGAAACUUUAGAUUUUCGUAGCAGGACAAAACAAUUGAUGAAACAUUCUUCUACUUUUCCAAAGAACUCUGCUUUAAAACAGGAUGUAAAAAGAUCAUUUGGCUCUACUUCACAGUCCAGUAACUUCGCAAAACUUCACAAGAGACCCUACAGGAUACAGAAGGCUCGGAAAAGCGUUUCACAGUCAUCUGUAAGUGUGUGCAAUCUAAAUUCUACAAACAAGAACUUUUUUAUUAGAAAUAGCAUUGACCAAAAGCGUAAAUGUUUUCAUCAAGCAGCAAAGCAGAAAGCUAGUGCCAAAAAAAGUAAUUAUUUAUAUAGACACAAAUAUGAAAACUACAGGAGUAUUAAAAAAUCUAGUGACUCUUACCCUUUGCAUUUAAAAAAGGAAGAGUCCAAAUCUGUCAGUGCUUUACGUUUAUUUUCUUCAUCAAGUAAUAAUUGUUUUGUCAUGGAUUCAAAUAGCCUUGAUUGCAAAAGGGCAGAAGGCUGUAAAGAUCAUAGGCAUGUAGCUGUAAAAAGAGUGGUUAAAGAAUCCAAGAGGGAAGGCUCUGUUACAGGAGAUGAUUUGGAUUGCUGUCCAGAUUUUCUGCAUAAAAUGACUGUUGUUGUUUUACAGAAACUAAACUCUGCUGAAAAAAAAGACAGCUAUGAAACGGAGGAUGAAAGUUCAUGGGAUAAUGUUGAACUAUGUGAUUACACUACACAGUCUGUGGAGGAUGAAUCUUACAAUGAUAUUAAUCAGGAGCAUGUAAACCUAUUCCCCAUAUUCAAAGGUAAAAUGGAAGAUAAUGAAGCUGGUGAUAAAUCUUCACUUGGUUAUGAGCAGAAUGAUGGCUUUUAUUUUGAGUAUUACGAAGAUGCUGAGAGUAGUAAUUUCUUGCAUGAUUUGCAUGAUCCUCAGAAUUUAGAAAAUGUAGGAUCAGCAUUGCCAAAGCAUAAUUCAGUUUUCCACUGGACUGAUUUGUCGCUUGAAAAGAAGUCGUGCCCGUACUGUCCAGCAACCUUUGAAACAGGUGUUGGCUUGUCCAAUCAUGUCAGAGGACAUCUUCACAGAGCUGGACUAAGCUAUGAAGCUCGUCAUGUUGUUUCACCAGAACAGAUAGCAACAAGUGACAAAAUGCAGCAUUUUAAAAGAGCUGGAACAGGGACUCCUGUUAAACGUGUUAGAAAAGCAAUUGAGAAAUCUGAAACUUCCUCUGAGCAUACAUGUCAGCUCUGUGGUGGCUGGUUCGAUACUAAAAUUGGAUUGUCUAAUCAUGUGCGAGGACACCUGAAGAGGCUUGGCAAAACCAAGUGGGAUGCACACAAGUCUCCCAUCUGUGUUCUGAAUGAGAUGAUGCAAAAUGAAGAGAAGUAUGAAAAAAUCCUAAAGGCUUUGAACAGUCGCCGUAUUAUUCCCAGACCAUUUGUUGCUCAGAAAUUUGCAUCAAAUGAUGACUUUUUAUCUCAGAAUGUUAUACCUCUUGAAGCAUACCAUAAUGGCCUAAAGACUGAAGAUGUAUCUGUGUCUGCAUCGGAGGAAGAAGGGCUGAGUUUCCUAAAUGAAUGUGAUGAAACAAAAGCAGUGCUGCAUGAUGAAAAAAGAAAUCAGUCACUUACACUGAUAGAACUCCUGAAAAACAAGAGGUUAGGAGAAGAGAGGAAUCCUGAUAUUUCCCCUCAAAAGAUUCAUAAUCAAACUGCAAGAAAGAGGUUUGUUCAGAAAUGUGUUCUUCCAUUAAAUGAAGACAGUCCAUUGAUGUAUCAGCCACAAAAAAUGGACUUGACUAUGCAGUCAGCUUUAGACUGUAAGCAAAAGAAGUCAAGGUCAAGAUCUGGAAGCAAGAAGAAAAUGCUGCCGUUACCUCAUAGUGCUGAUGAAGUUUACAUACUCAGAUGCAGGUUUUGUGGUCUGGUCUUUCGAGGACCUUUGUCUGUUCAAGAAGACUGGAUAAAGCACUUGCAGCGACACAUUGUCAACGCAAAUCUUCCACGGACUGGAGCUGGCAUGGUUGAGGUCACAUCACUACUUAAAAAGCCUGCUUCAAUUACUGAAACUUCAUUUUCUUUACUGAUGGCAGAAGCAGCAUCAUAGAACACAGAAGCAUUUUAAAUUUUAAUUGGAUGUAAAUUUGAAAUAUUUCAUCAUUUUUUAAAAUAAAUUGCUACACUAAAUUAUGUUUAUAAAUGCUAAAGACAGAAGAUAGAGGAAGUGGAUUACAAUAACAUCAAAAUAAAUUGAAUACUUAACAGUUACAGUAAGUAGUCUUUAUAUUUUAUAAUAGGGUGGAAGAUGUGUUUUUAAGGUUUAUUAUGUUUUUGUCAGUUACUGUGUUCACUAUCAAUACAAGACCAUUAUAUGUAUGGCCGCCGUUUUUAAAUUGUUGCACAUGGGUACUUAAAAGACAGAUUUUAAUAAAACAAAGAAACCACGUUCUCUUCAGUGUUACCCAAAUCAAGGUUCUGUUUAUUCCAAAAAGAAUUACAUAGCAAAAUAAGAUACUAUUAUAUUUUGUUUGUAUGUAUGUAGUGUUUUGUAUAAUACCAAGAACUGCUAAUACAAUUUACUCAACUUAGGGCAUUAAAUACCAUGUACUUCAUAGUUCAAGAGACUGUUUCGUUCAAAUAGGGCAAUUAGUACUAUUCUAUCUAGGUGUGUAAGUGUUUUUUUUAAAUCACAUGAGGCUUUUUGUACUAAAAAGUGGAGGGAAACUUGUUUAAACAAAUUUCUAAGAGACAUAUGUACAUAAUACUGGAAAUUUGUGGUAAGGAAAUAUUCUUUACUUCAGUUGCAUUUCUCACUGACAAUAAAGUGGUGCAUCCAUGCUACCUCCUACUUGUCAACAAAGAUGGUAUUUACCCGUAUGUUUUUGUAUCAUAGUAGAUUCAAUCCAACUUUCUUUAUUACAAAGCAUCUUUUUGUUAACAAGUUUGUUACUUUUAUGACAAUUUACUUAAAGUCUGACUUGCUUACAGAAGUUUGCCUCUACUAUUUUAUUUAACACUGUAGAAAUGUACUAAUAAGCAUUGCUCACUACACGGUUAGAGUAGGCUUUUCAUUUAUAAUUCUGUUUAAAAGUUUGAUCAUUUUAGAAAAUUCAAACACAGAUUGAAAUGUUUCUACAUAUGAAGAGAAUGUUUACAACUUAAAUUUUAGAGCUUGUUUUGGAUGUGAUUAUAUGUAUGAAAACUGUAACACUAUGCUCAUGCUAAGGACCUACUUACAGAAUUAUUGAAAUAAAUGUGCUGUGAGGAUGGAAAUAUGGUGCAGGUGUCUUGGUCAUGAUGAAUUGUGUUUGUUCAUUUAAACUGUCUUCAGAACAUGAGUUUUGUUUAAAUCAAAUUAGAUUCCUCUACAAAUCAAUUUUGUAUGCAAGUAACAUUUCAUUUUACUCAUAUAGGGUAACAGAUACUGUAGUUAAGCCAAGGAUAUGCAUUGAUAUUUUCUUUAUAUGUAAAUAAAGUUAAAAGCAGUUAAAGCAAGAGGAGUAUUUUGGUAGAGUAUAUACAUACCUCACUGCCAGUGAAAUUGCUUUCCUAUGGUAUAUCUCCUUACCAGAAAAAUCUCUAAAUAAAAAGGUUUAAAGAAAAUCUAAAUGUCUAUAAUGUGAAGCAUUUAUUUGCAUUGUGUGAAUUAAGUUUGUGGAAUUAAUUUGUCUUGCUUGAGAUUAGAAUCUUUUCAUGAUCUUAAGUAAAAGUACAUUUACUUGCAAUAAACUGAAUUGUUCACAGACGCAUUACAUUGGAUUGGUGGAAAGUAUGAAUAAAUGUCUGUCUUCCUGGAUGCACAGAGUUCAGAGUUAACACGUGAGGCUUGUUAAUGUUCUGAUAAAAUAGAUGGGCUAAAAAUGCACAGCUGUGCAAGACAGAGGCCUCAGACAAGGCCAUCCUAGCUCUGUCAAGGUUAUCAUUAAAUUAGUGCUGUCAGGUUUUUAACUGUACAAAUUGCUACAGUUAAGUUUAGCUUUCUUGUUGAAAUUUAUUCUCUUGUAAGUGGAAAAUCUACAUUGUUACAUUUAAAGGCUGGAGGAAUAAAUACUUUAGAGAUUUUAGAAAAGAUAACUGGGAUGUUGAAGUUGUAUUGCAGACAAAUCGUGUAUGCAAACUAACCAAUUUCUGAAUUUGUGGAUACUUGUGGGACUUUUUUAUACGAUGUGAAAACUGAAAAUUUAAAGCAAUGUGUUGAAACAGAACAGAGGGAAGUGAUCACAUCACCCUGAAUGUUUAUAAUGCUUUAAUAGAGUGCUUGUUUACCCUUCUCACCAAAAAGGUGCUUGUGAGAGCACCAUAUUUUAUGGCUGUCUAGCAAAUGAAAAAAUCAAUUAAGUGCAAAUGAUAUUUAUCUAGUGUUGUUAAGAAUGCUUGUAAAGUGAAGCCAUAUUGUGCAGAAUUUUGCAUUAGCAAAAAACUCUUACUAGAUUCAUAAUAAUCAUUUUAAAAACCCUAGUUAAUUCUAUUUAAUUCCUUAAACCCCAAUAGCGAGCUACUUUAUGUAACACUAAAAUGCAAGGUUGUGUCUGAAGAGCAGUGAGCUCUAGGGCUGAUCAGUUUCCAAAAUGAGAUUCUAUUGAUGAGGAAUAGUUUUCAGAGACAGGCUGUGUGCCCUGCUGGCAUCAGAUCCUAGUGGUAUAGUUUGAAAAAUAUGUAGGAGUUCUAGAACUCUUCUGAUUAUUAAAUUAAUUGCAUAUGUGGUUGAUACAGGCUGAAUAAUCUUAAAAAAAAAAAAAAAAUAGAGUACUAUUAGCUGUCCUUAGCCUCUGGUCCUCAAGUGGGGCUAUUUGUUGUCCUGGUUUCUGUUGUUUGGAAAUGCAGAUAUUUUUUAUCAUUAUCUACAAGGAAAUAUAAAUCCCCCUCUCUAGAGUUACCAAAAUUCUAAAUAAUGUGGUAGAAGAGGGUAAAUAAAAUCAGUAGCUUUGUGAUGCCAGUCUGAUGUUCCAUGGCUUGAGGGGCUCUGUGGCAGUCUGUGUGAAAGAGCUGGAUUUCCAGAGUUGCACAUCUAAACACGAGCGUUAGUCUGUUCAGGUUGGCUUAGGUUGCUUUGGCAUAAAGGCUGCAGUGACACAGUGAUUUUUGUUUGGUUGACUUUGGUUCUUUAUCACAGUCCUACUUGUUUCUGAAGUUAUCCUGGUUUCUGGUAAAGGGUCUCUUUAGUAGUGGCCUCAGGAAAAUCAUAGACCACCCCCAUACAUUUGCAAUAAGGUGAUUGCCUAUAUUCCCUAGUCCCAGUGACACUUCCAAAUUCUCUUUAGAAAUUAAAACUCUGCUUGCAUUCCUUGAAAAGAUGUUUCUGUAGAACCUUGGAUAGGUGAUUAAUUUAAAGUGCCCGUGGUAGCAGCUGCCAAGUGUUAGUGUGUUGAGGCUGGACACAUGGAAAAGGAGGCGAGCAGACGACACAUGUUGGGCAUUGCUGCAGUUUGCCGGGUACGGUGCUGUGCCCUGGGCGAGCUGUAGGAGGUGGAUUGCUUCCAUGGGCUGAUGGGCUCCAUCCAGCUCUGCCCCAGGAUCCAACUCCUUCCUCAGGGCUUGCCUCCCCGGGCAGCAGUGUCAGGAAAUGAGCUGCUGGCUCCUCCCGCUGGGAGAGGUGUCGGUACCUGCUGGGGAGGGAGAGCAACCUGCAAAGGUGGGCACUGUAACUGCUGGGUGUGGGUUGUGUUUGAGCCGUGUGCCUGCGCUAAUUCCUGCUGUUUCAGCCAUGCUCAGGGAAAUCACCAAGCUUUUUGAGGUAAGUGAUCACAGGAGAAACGCGAGUUAUGGAUUGGGGCUCAGAGAAGAGCAUCCAAAGUUUCUGAGUGUCACAGGACUGAGAUGGGAAUAUGCAAUGCUAUUUUGACUGUGAUGCUUUUCUUGGGCUAGUUAUGGUUCUAGGUUUCCUGCAGUGCUUUAAAGAGGAGUUAUGCAUUAAAUCUACCUGAUUCUGAAAACCUACAGAAGAUAAAUUGGGCUGAACAAAUGUGGAAACAUUAGCAGUGAAUAACAAGUACUUGCUUUUAACUAAAUGGUUAUGGGCUGUGAACAAACCCUGUUUAGUUCAGCACUAUGGUUAACAGACUUUUCCACUUUUUAUAACAGUAGUUAGUGGCCUGGAUAUUUAAGCACCAGUUUCAUAUUUUAAAAAUUGAUUUAUAUAGUUUUGAGUUUAAAGAAAACCCCAAACUUCUUAGGGUGGUACUUACUUUAAAAAGCUGAUUGCAUUAUGAUUUCGGAUAUUUCGAUCCACCGUGCUUUGUAGGUGCUGUUGCCUGAUACAUGGGUAGCAAUUGUGAUGUAAUGGAAACAUUUGGCCAUAGUGCCAGGUUUGUAAUCUCUUGCAAUAAAAUGUUCCUUUUUAACACUG